AUCAGGCCAAAGUGGUCACAGUCGGAGUUAGAAGUUGUCGCAUCUCGCGCGUGUCGUCCAUUAUUGUCGUUUAAAGUUCUGCCGAAAAGGAAAGCAGUUUCCUGUUCCGUGAGCGUUCUCUUCCAGUGUUAAGUUUCUAAAGUUCCGGUUUUGUGUCUUCGUUAGUGCGAGGUGCUAAAAGUUUUUUUUUUUUGCUUGGCUACCUGUAUGAAGCAAAGUUUGGCAGUAUACAAGCAAUAGGCUGAACAUCAUCAACCUUUGAAGUGCAGUGAAAACAGAAUACAAAAAGUGCUUGUGAAUGAAAAACGAAGAAUACCGUCAAAACGGAUCAAAGCAAUAGCAAUAAUACCACCAGCAACAACAAUAGUGGUAGCAGCAGUGCCAGCAGCAAACGCAGUGGAGGUGGCGAAAGUCGCAAGCGAAAGUUAGCCAUGUACAAGAUGCCCGAAAUCAAGUCGAUUCCGAUGCAACCCCAGCAACAGCUGCCUCAAGGUGGAGGGGGUCCAAACGGGCGCCAGCCCAAGGCCACCCCCAUUACGGACGACUACGAAAUCUCCAACACUGUGCUGGGACUGGGAAUCAACGGGAAGGUAGUUCAGUGUACUGCUAAAAAGACAAGCAACAAAUAUGCGCUGAAGGUACUACACGACAAUGCCAAGGCCAGACGCGAGGUGGAACUGCACUGGCGGGCGAGCGGUUGCCGGAACAUUGUUAAUAUCAUCGACGUGUACGAGAAUAGCUACAGUGGCAACCGGUGCCUGCUGGUCGUCAUGGAAUGUAUGGAAGGAGGUGAACUAUUCCAACGAAUUCAGGAACGACAGGAUGGACCCUUUACAGAGAGAGAGGCUGCCCAAAUUAUGCAUGAAAUCAGUGUCGCUGUCAAGUACUUGCACGAUUCCAAUAUCGCACACCGGGACCUCAAGCCGGAGAAUCUGCUGUACACCUCGCCCCACCCGAACGCGAUACUGAAACUGACCGAUUUUGGCUUCUCGAAGGAAACUUUCGUCAAGGACACAUUGCAGACGCCCUGCUACACGCCGUACUACGUCGCACCGGAAGUGCUGGGACCGGAGAAGUACGACAAGAGCUGUGAUAUCUGGUCGCUCGGGGUGAUCAUGUACAUUCUGCUGUGCGGAUUCCCGCCGUUCUACAGCAACCAUGGGCUGGCCAUUUCACCGGGAAUGAAAACCCGCAUCCGCACCGGUCAGUAUGAUUUUCCCAAUCCGGAAUGGAAGAACGUGAGCCAGGCGGCCAAAGAUCUCAUCAAGGGUAUGCUCAGCGUCGAACCGGAGAAGCGUCUCACGAUCGACCAGGUCAUGCGGAAUCCAUGGGUCCGACUUUACACGGAAGUGCCCCAGACGCCACUGCAUACGGGUCGAGUGCUGAAGGAGGCUGAGGAAACCUGGCCGGAAGUGCAGGAGGAAAUGACACGAUCGUUAGCCAAUAUGCGUGUGGAUUAUGAUCAGAUGCACAUCAAAAACCUGGAUAGCUCGAACAAUGCCCUGUUGAACAAACGAAGGAAACGGGGUGAGGACAAAGUUAAUAACUAAAACUAAGGCUUGCAACCGUUAUGGAGCUGUUGUUACCCGCUUCCUGACACAGACGAGAAAAACACAAAAACUUAAAGAAAUCAAUGCUGCUGCUUAUUGCGCCCGAAUUGCUGCAAAUUGUUGCGUUGUUCCCCCGAGUGGGAACCUCCAUCUAUUGUUCAACAGAGACGAGGAAGCAGAUGUCGCGAGGGUGAUCCGUGCUGGUUCUUCCACUUGACGUGUAUUUUAUUUUGUACAUACUGUUGUAAGGAACCGGCACGGUGGUACCGAACCGUUGUAGUCUGUAAGGUAGAGAGUGCAAAGUGAAAAUAAUCUAUUUAUUAUACCUAGACGAUUGUUUGCGUAGCAAGCGAUUACCCUUAAAUCACCACAAUACAUACUAAAUAGACGGAAGAGAGUGCGUGUGUAGCAAGUUUGAAUGCUGUUAGGGAAUGGAGAAUAGUUCAAACGUUUUAACUAUACAUAUACACGUGGUGAAGGUGGAGGCAAGGUAGAGCAAAACAAGUAGGUGUAUCGAGUCGAUCGGACCCAAGCCGUAAUCGAGAAGGCCAAAUGUUAUGGAACGGUUUAUAGCAAGUACUGAGCGGGAAAGGCGUGUUUAUUUUUACUGUUAGUUUUACACAAUACUGAGUAACGAGACAGUAGCAUUUUUGUCCGAGCAUUAUGAUGUUUUAAUCAACUUGAACGUAUUUUUUAUUUUAUUUUAAUUAAAAACUUCCUAAUUUUAGUUUUAGUAUUUUGAAAGACGUAACAAAUGUGACGUAAAGCUUAUUUUAUAGGCCACUUAAUACGUAAGUCAUUGUUUUACUUUGAAUGGCGCUGAAUGCGAAACAAAACAUCACUUUUUAUAUGUGCUAAAUACCGGUAAACUUUCCAACAAUCAGGUGUAUUUUUUUUCUACUUACCUACAGAUAAUCAUUUUUACUCUAGCGAUUUUGAGUUUUGUAGAUUUACAAACUGCUGCAUUUUGGACAAUUUAAUUCUGGAAACUUGGAAAGCUUUGUUUGAAGGAGAAACCUAGAUUUUGAAAACUGCUCAUGAGUUCUGGGUUGGUUUUCAACAAUAGUAGGGGAUGUUAUAUUAUGGCUUCAAAACUAUUAAAACUCAACAACUAACGAUUUUUUUUUUCAUUUGGGAAAUAUUUCAGAUACAGUGAACUCCCGACAAUUCGAUAUUAUUGAGUUAUAGAAUAACAAUCCCAUACUAAAUCGCUAUCACAGUAGCCAUGAAAUUAUGUUUUACUAUUUUUCUAUAACUCGAUAUCGAGUUAGUGGACAUCGAGUUGUGGAGGGUUGUCUGUAUUCUGAAAAUUUGUACAUCUUUAAAGUCUAACGUCCUGCGUAAAUUUUAGAAUACCCUUCAAUAAACCUGUGCAUUUCUCUAGGAACUCAAUGAACUCCUUUAAUAUUUAUUUUUUUAAUUAACGCUGCAAUUUUACCAAAUCUGCUUCUAGAAUUUCCUUAAAUUCACCGAAGAAUUCAUAAUUAUUUUCAGAAUUCCCUGAAGUAUCUGAGCUUUUGAUAAUUAUUUUCUGAAAUUCCAAAGAAGACUUUGGGGCUUAUUACGGAUGUCACUUCACGGUGAAAAUUUGUCACUUGUCUGUCGUCACGGUGAAGUAAUUCCCAUUUGAUUUGUACGGCAAUCACGGCUCUUAUUCCGAAUAUCACUUUCUUAUCACCGUGUAGUGACACCCGUAAUAAGGCCCUUUAUUUCUUCUAUAUAGAAUCGCCGGAAUUGAAGGCAUUACACACUUAGAUUAUUUUACAGGAGUCAGUAUUUUUUUACUGGGUUUUUGAAUUGCUGAAAAAGUCGGUAAAAAUUCCAAUUCCGUAAAGGAAUCAAUGAAAUUGACAAAUUUUAUUUUCUAUCAUUAAAUGGGGUUAACAGAACUAAGUCUGCACAAGUUUGGAAUAAAUUUAUCAUUAUUGAAUUUUCCACAGAUUUUUAAACUUUUACCAAACUGUUCCGCAAUUCAAAAACCCAGUAAAACCUUAAUGACUGAACUAGUGAGCCUUAUUACGGGUGUCACUAUACGGUGAAAAGGAAGUAAUUCUCAUAAUAAGAGCCGUGAUUGCCGUACAAAUCAAAUGGGAAUCACUGCACCGUGACGACAAGUGACAAGUUUUCACCGUGAAGUGACAUCCGUAAUAAGCCCCAGUGUGUACUUUACACUGCAAAAAAUCAUCGCUUUAGUUAUAAAUCAAAUUGCAAGGGAUUUUUUAUCCGUGCACGUAACUAAAAUUCUGAUAAAUGAGUUCUGUGAAAUCAUAUCAAAAUUACUACAACUCGUAAGCUUACUACCAUCAUUCACGAGGAAAACACCAGCAGUUUGAAAAUCUAGAAAUCCCUAAAUCAUAGACGAAUCAACGGAAUAUAACGCAAGACAUAGCUAACGAUGCCGACAACGAGAGAGAAAACUAGUAUCAAUCAUAAAAUAAAAGAAACAACACACAGUAGCGUCCCGAAGAGUUUAACAACUAAAUCCGAUAGAACCAAUUCUGUCCCAACACGUCGAAUGUCAAUAAACUUAAAGUUAGAAGCAAACGCAAAACGGUUGUACACAAACAUACAUAACACGAAAAUCAAAUGUGAGAUAGUUUUCUAUAUACUUAAACAUAGACUAUAAAAACACAUGUAAGAAGACCAGCAAACCAAAAUAUCAAGAGUUACGCAUUAUUAGACGAGUGUCGUCCGAUUAACUGAUUAUUCGGAUUGCGCGAUAGGAAUUUGAACAAACUGAAACAAAUGCACCCAGCUCAAAAGUGUUUUUUUAGUAGGAAAGAUCCAUCCAAUUACGACACACAAAACGAGCCACAGAAAGUCUGAGCUGAAAGAGAUAUCAAAGUUAUUGCAGAAACAAGCAUUUUUUUUUUCUUUCUAAAAACCUAGUUGUUUCCGAUGCAUGAACAGUUAAAUCAAAUAGUCUUCAGCAUCCAAGAUUGACGUUUGAACGGAUUUGACUGUUAAGGAAUGGAAAAUCAGUUGGUUAGGGCGCUUAGAUGCGGCAAAUUAACGAGGUAUAUGUAUUUAUUUCUCAUUUCCUGUCCCUCAUAAAACAAGAGAAGGAAGUAUUUUUGUGUCGGGUAUGUUUCCCAAGUUGAAGCUUUUACCCAAAUUCCAGCUAACAAUCUACUAUAUCUACUUACUUGCUUAGUUCGAAAGGCAUAAACGAUAAAACAAAAUAUGAUCAAAAGUUGUAACUUGUGUUCCAUCUAUACUGUAAGAUGCUAAUCGGUAAUCAAAAAAGAAUCGGUAAUCACGAUCAAAAAAGAAUGAUUUUUGCGAUCUAGUAGCGCAGCCUAACACCAAUAAAAGUGUCAUAAAGAAAACAUCACAAAAGAUGGUUCGAUGCAAGAAAACCGACCCCCUGUCUACAAUCCAGAUUUAUUUCCACUUUCCAAUGGUUACGGAAAUAUAUUGUUGAA